AGCUCCUGUGUCGCGCCAUCCAAGCACCUGGUUACCUUCAAUUUGUUCCGCGUUAUCUGUCUUGUGAAUAUCGCGAACCCUCAUCACCGCCUUCAGAUCAACACCAGAUGGCGGAGCAGAUACCUGCGGGCGUGCUUUGGUGCCGCCAGUGCAACAAGCCUUUCACCAAACAAUCAACGUUGAAACGUCAUGGAUACUAUUGUCGGUCCAACACGAAAGCAUCAGUGCCGAGACGGCGAUCAUGUGUUGCUUGCGCCAAGUCGAAGACCGCCUGUGAUAAUAUAGUACCCGGAUGUUCACGCUGCAUUCAGAAGGGUCUCAUCUGCCAAUACCCGUCCAAAUCUGCAAGGCAAAAGCGUGACACUGGGCGUCGAGCUACGUCCAACGAUCUGUAUAGUCCCCGUGACAGUCAUGUAAAUUCGACCGUGCCAACAGUGGCCGAUCAAACUCAUGGUCUCCAAGCUACUACACCAGGCAGCGAUGUCCCCAUACUCUUCGACGAUAUACCGUGGAGCCUCGACGAUAUGACGGCCUUUGAUGGUUACACGCUACCUACGUCUCAGUCAACUUUUCCUCUAGUCACACCAUCUUCAGCGGCAUCAACCAGCCCGACGAUCACUUCGCCCUCUCCAUUGUUACUGGAAACAAAAGAUUCAAUCUCCCACGAACAGAAUGCACCUACUCAUCCGCGGGACCGGAACCAGAGACAGCAGUUGUUAAGCUUUUCCAUCUCACCGGCCCCUAGUUUGAACGUUCGAUCAAUGAUACAACGGCCGAAGACGCACCAGGGAGCGGAAAGAGCGGCCAGCCUGGUCUUCUACACAUUGAAAUCUUACCCGCUGAUGCUGCGACAAAAUACCCUGCCACCUUUCAUACACCCGAGCUACGUGUCUUUUACGGAUGAAGGCGCAACGACUGAGCCGCUUGAGAAUUGCAUAGCCUUGAUACUUAUGAUGGCGAAUGGAGUCAAGGGAAGCCGGAAGUUUUUCUGGCGGAACGUGAGAAUCGAGUGUGAACGCAUCUGUGACCAGAACCAAUCCCUCAAUAAAUGGGAGCUACUUGGUGCUAUGCAAGCGCUUUCAAUAUACAUAUUGAUUCGUCUUGACGAAGGCGAGACUGAGCACAAUAAUCUGGACUAUCUUUUAGAGAGGGCGGUCAUCCUCGUGGCAAUACAGCUUUCUCGCGACGAUUUCGAUUGUUAUAUGCAUGACGUACCAUGUCGCAGCAAAUCAGAUAACAGCUGGCAAGACUGGGUCUACAAAGAAUCUAGGCGAAGACUCGCAGUCAUCUAUCGCAUCCUAAACAAGCUCGUCUUCUUCGACCCAGCAGCCAUGUGCGACAUGCCCACUGAGUUCGUAAUCGCGCCUCUGCCAUCUAAACGGCAACUCUGGGAAGCGAGGGAUGCGAAUGAGUGGCAAAUACAACGGCAAAAUGAGCCGCAAGAAGAAGUAUCAUUUGCACUGGCUGUCGACGGUGAGAUCGUCAAGCUGGACCAGGGUCGGUUGUCCUGCCAAGAUGCGUGGUUGCCAUGUGUUCCGUUAGAUAACGAGGCACCUCCUCAAACUCACGCGAGUAGAUCUAGUCGUAGUGCGGCCUGCUGGGCCGAAUGGUGCUCUGGUACGGACAGCAUGGGUGGGUUGAUCAUGCUUACGGCCUCUAUGGCAUAGCGAUAUGGCUUGAUGGCUUCUACCGAGAUAUACCAACAGUGAAACAUCGAUGAGUAUUCAUGUACAAGUAUGCAUGACAUACCAGCCGGCAAAAGCGCCACCCCAUCUGAACAGAAUCAGUGCGGCGGGUUUUCACUAGUGUCGGGCGGAACAAUUUAUACGCCAAGCGGGAUUUGU